GGUAAAAAAAAGGAGCCAAAUCCUGUCAGGAGCAUUGUGAGAGAAAAUGAGGAAAUUGUGAAGUAAAAAGUGUGAGGAAAAGUGACCUGGGGACAAGAUACCUCUAGACAUGGCAGAAAUCAGUGAAAUAACAAAGAAAAUGGGGUGAAUAUAAACACCAGGCGGCCAUUAUAACACCACAGAGCAAAACUCUGUAUGGAGGACUUACCACAGCGCAAAACCCUCACAAAAUCUCCUGUUUAGUAACAAGAGCCUCCAUUUUGCCUUAUUUUGCCUCAAAUCUCACACCAUCUGAACAACAUAAAAGAAAGAGACAUCUCAUAUGGCGCACAGUGUUUGUAUAGCGAUCUGCGUUUAGAAGACCGCCAAAUUUUACAUGUAGGUGGCAUGAUGUCAUUGUAAGCUCUUCUAUACAUACUUACCACCACAUCUGAACAUCCAGUAGCUGUAAGGAUAACUUCCUGAAAGCAGACAGAUACCGUCGUCUCAAAGAACAUCCUGGACGUGAAGAAUCAGCCGCUGCUCCAGGUGUACAGGUAUAGAAAAGCAGAUCAACAGACUCACAGCAGCAAGAGAGAAAUAAAAGGCAAAAAAAACUGUCAGAGGCGUCUGGCCAGACCGACCACGUGAAGAGAACAUUCCCAUUCUCAUGUAAUCACACUACAAGUCCUGGUCUAUAGCUUUCUGCAAAUAUGACCUAAAAUUCCCAGCUCUUUGCUGCUUGAGGACAUCAACGAAGGAACAUUUCAGUACCCAUGGGGGAAACAAUUAUGUCAAGAAAGAGAAAAAUUGACUCGGAGUGUAGGAUAUUCAAAGAACAGUGGACUUAUGAUUACUUUGUCAUACAGUACAAGGAAAGAGCUGUGUGUCUGAUAUGCCAGAAUAUAGUGUCUGUGUUCAAAGAAUACAAUUUGCGUCGACACUAUGAAACUCAACAUAAAGAUAAAUAUGAUUGUUUGGUUGGAGAAGUGAGAAAAGAUAAAAUAUUAAAACUGAAAAAUACAUUGACAGCUCAGCAAAAUACUUUUGUGAAGCAGAAGCAGCUAAAUAUUUCAUCACUGACAGCAAGUUUUCAAGUUGCCAAGCUAAUAGCGUGCACUGGCAGACCAUUCGUGGACGGAGAAUUUGUUAAAGAAUGCCUUCUUUCUGUUGCCAAAGAGAUGUGUCCAGCGAAGGCCGAUUUAUUUAGUACAGUGAGUCUUUCAGGACCCACAAUUACACGGAGGAUUGAAGAAAUGGGAGACAAUCUGUAUCAGCAUUUGCAAAACCUGACAAAAAAACUUUCCUAUUUUUCCUUGGCACUUGACGAAAGCAAUGAUGUUCGUGAUUCUGCACAACUUUUAAUUUUUAUUCGUGGGACGAAUGACAAUUUUGAAGUCACAGAAGAGCUUGCUGCACGGCAAAGCAUCAAAGGAACAACUACAGGAAAGGAUAUCUAUGAAAAGGUUUGUCAAACUGUGAAUGGUUUGGAGCUGGACUGGGCUAAACUAGCCAGUGUGACAACUGAUGGUGCUCCUAGCAUGGUGGGGUCUAAGAAAGGAGUAAUUGCUCGCAUUAACCAAGAGAUGGACAAACAUAAUUAUUCUCAUCCAAUAGCCAUACACUGCCUCAUCCACCAACAAGCGCUGUGUAGUAAAUCACUGAAGUGGGACUCUGUUAUGACAAUUGUGGUAUCUUGUGUUAACUUCAUUAGAGCUCAUGCACUAAACCACAGACAAUUGCAGGAAUUUUUGUCUGAGCUAAAUGCUGAGAUGGAGAUCUUCUGUACCACACAGAAGUCCAUUGGCUGAAUCGAGGGAGCGUUUUGAAACGUUUCUAUGACUUACUUCCACAGAUUACAGCUUUUCUGCUUUCAAAAAACAAAGAAGUACCAGAGCUCAAUGAUGCAGAAUGGAAAUGGCACCUUGCCUUUCUAACAGAUGUAACAGAGCUACUCAACAGUUUCAAUGUGCAACUUCAACGAAAGGGGAAGCUCAUCUGUGAUAUGCAAUCACAUGUCAAAGCAUCUGAAGUAAAAUUAGGCCUCCUCAUCAAACAAGUGAAGGAGGAAAACUUCUGCCAUCUCCCCACAACUCAAAAUCUGUUAGCGGAAAAACCAUUGGUUGCAUUCCCAAACAAAACAUGUGUGGAUUCACUGGAAAAAUUGCAAAAGGAGUUCCAAUGUAGAUUUAAAGACCUUCAUCUCCAUGAACAGGACAUACAGCUUUUCCGUAACCCAUUUUCUAUUGACAUUGAAAAUGUGGAUACAAUUUACCAAAUGGAACUGGCUGAACUUCAGAAUUGUGACUCUCUGAAAGACGCAUUCAAGUCAAGCAGCCUUCAUAGUUUCUAUGCAUCUCUCCCCUCUGAGACAUAUCCUCAUCUCAGGAACCAUGCACUCAAAAUGGCAGCCAUCUUUGGCAGCACUUAUGUCUGUGAACAGACUUUUUCCAGAAUGAAACAUCUGAAAUCUCCAACCAGAUCUAGACUAAUGGAUGAACACUUGCAUCACUUGUUACGACUAGCAGUGACAAAUAUGGAACCGGACAUUGACCAUCUCAUUAGCCAAAAGCAGGCCCAUAGUUCCCAUUGAAAUACUGCCACCAAACCAGGGAUAGCAGCGGAAACACAAGUCCGUCAUCCAAAUAGGCGCUACCGAGCAGCCAUGGGUUUUGUAAAGGCUGACUGACUAUAGUUUGGAUGGGUGUAAAUGAUGCUGCAGGGAGCUACAAAGACGGCCAUCUUUAAUAUAUCAGCUUCCAGACUGUUUGGUGCCGGCUACUACCAUGAAAUCUGAAUACAUGUGGCUUUAUAUGAUGUAAAUGUUUGAGAUGUACUUACUGACUGGAACGCCGAAAAUGUUUUGCUAACAAACAGUUAGUCAUUUUUAUAAUGACACAGUACGAGAAAAAGGUAUGUGCCAGGGAAGACUUACAAAACAUCGCAAUUUGCCACUGAAAGGUCAAGACAUUUUCUUCAUCCAUUUAUUCCGCUCAGAUUUGUACGAUAUUCCGGACAUUUAUAAGUGAGACUGUAUUCCACUCUGAAAAUUAUCUCAGCUUUGUCCUGUGUCUGCAAGACAAGCAAUACAAGUCUAUGGAAGGAGCUCUGCCCACCAGCUCUGGGAUAACUAAAAUUAUAGAUGAAGCAUGCAGAGCAGAACUUUGCUAAAAAUGCAAUAUACAAGUUAUAUAAUGACCAUAAAUAGUGCUUCUCCUCAUGUACACACACAGGGAAGCCUACCCUGAAAAGUCACUUGAAAUGACAGAUUCCUUUACACUGAGUGUAGUUGUUCAGGGAUGUCCUAGAAUCAUCAUGGAAGAUGAGAAUAUCAGGUGCCACAAAAAUGUGCACAAUUUUAUUGGAAGACAUUAGGGGUUGAAGAAGAUGAAGAAGAGAUGUCGGGGUUGAUUCACCAGGAUGAGGAAACAGAAGUUGGAUCCUGCCCAGAAUAUUGUAAGGGAAGGGAUAGCACCAUCUUGCAACAAUCAUCUUCUCGUAGUCAUUAAUUGUAUCCUGCUGUUCCAGACAUCUUGAAAUCUGGUCUUGAACGUUCUUUUAUUGUGACACUACCGCUGCCAGCAAACCCUCAAUUCCUGCAUCUUUUCUCUCAGUUUACCAUCAGGACAGUACAGGGAAGCAUUUAGUUUGGACCAUCUCAACCAAUGAGAACGCAUCAUUACAAAGCAAAAAAAUUACAUAAAGACUGACAUAGCUACAAGUACAAAACCAGGACCUGUCAUCAGUGCAGGAAUGGAAAGGUUCUAUUUCCAACCAAACAUGAUCUGCAGUCCAUACAGUACAUGAUAUAGAAUGCAGACAAGACCCAGCGUGUUACAGCACUAAGAAAUAACACUUCAUCAUUUAAUAUCGGAGCAUAAACAUUCAUCUGUCACAAGGUGAUCAAAGACUGGAGUACAAUAUGAUCUAAACAUGGCUUAAUGACCAUGAGAAGAUGAUGAUGCUAUAUGUUCUACAGAAGACUAGGGCGGUCUGGAGACAGAAAUCGCUUUCAGGAGUCUUGAAUACAGGCUGUUUUGCAUUGUAGUGAAGAACAAAUAGUCUACAAGAGUAUUCAUGAACAGGAACCAUAGCGGUGCGAUCUGUUACUAUUAAUAUUUACGUCACUGGAACCGAUGUCCUUAUCAGCACAGAACAGGAACAAUGUAUCAUGUAGGAGCAGCAGACUUCCUAUAGAGAAAGCCCGAUAAGAGGAACAGGAUCAGAACCAGCAGCCGCACACCACAUGAAGGGAUUUUUUUCUCCCUUAGCAUUUCUGGAUUAAAGAGAAACUAUCACAACACGAUGCUCCUGUUCCCACAGCAUUAGAAAUAACCAUAAAUGUUCCCAAAGUAUUUCCGGGACUGUACAGGGGCUCAUUUUUGGCGCUGUGAUAUGUUGUUUUUUUGUGUAUGUCCAAUUUAUUUAUUUUUUUUAGUUUACACUUUUAUUGUAAUGGAUCAUUAACAUUAUAUUUUAAAUAGUUCUGACAUUUCUGCACACAAUGUUACCAAAUAUAUUUAUUAUUUUGUUACUGUAUUGUAAAAGAAGGGAGUUAUUUACAUUUUUAUUAGGGGACGGGCUAAAUCACAUUUUGAAAAUAUUUUUUUUUAUUACACAUUUUAAAACCACAGGUGUAAACAGAGCCUCAGGGGAUAUACAUAAUUAUUGCAGCUGUGUUGGAAUGAAACACAUGGAACUGCAGGACUAACUAUGGGAAGUGUGCAUGAAGUAACAAAAAAUAAAAAAACACCUGAUGUUGCUUUGCGUAUUCUACAUCUAGUUUGCACAAGGGCAGAGAUGCUGUCUCCUCCCUGUAAAUGUAGCAUGUCUCAGACUGGGAUACAUAUGUCCAGCCUGACUGUGGCUGCUGAUCCUUGGGGCAGUGUCAUUUUUAAUGUCCAUGAAUUGUUGUCCAGUUAUACUUAGUAGUCGUAAGUUCUCAAAAAGAUUUAGGGAUAUAUUAUAUUAAUACUGCUAAGGACCACUUACGGUACUACUGUUAACUACCCAGGUACAGACAAAACAAAACAUUUCUUAAAGGGGUAAUCAACUGGUGCCAGAAAGUUAAAC